CCCUGUUCCCUCCUCCAUCACAAAUGUGCAACUGCGCAGAUGGGUGUAAACAACAUGUGAUAGGGCAGAAGCUGACGAGCGCUAUUCAUGAAGAUUAGCAAAUGAACAGGAACAAAAGGGACAGACUUCUGUUAUAAGUCAGACCACAGAUCUGUUUCUGUGCAGAGACACUCAGGCAGUCGCUGCAAGAGGUGAAAUGGUGCAGAAAGGAGUUCAGCUGGACAGAGAAACCUUCUCUUGUUCCAUCUGUCUGGAUCUACUGAAGGAUCCGUUGACUAUUCCCUGUGGACACAGCUACUGCAUGAGCUGUAUUAAAAUCCACUGGGAUGGAGAGGACAAGAGGAAAAUCCACAGCUGCCCUCAGUGCAGGCAGACCUUCACACCGAGGCCUGUCCUGCUGAAAAACACCAUGUUAGCAGUUUUAGUAGAGGAACUGAAGAAGACUGGACUCCAAGCUGCUCCUGCUGAUCACUGCUAUGCUGGACCUGAAGAUGUGGCCUGUGAUGUCUGCACUGGGAGAAAACUGAAAGCUCUCAAGUCCUGUCUGGUGUGUCUCGUCUCUUACUGUGAGCAACACCUUCAGCCACAUUAUGAAUCUCCUGCCUUUGAAAAGCACAAGCUGGUGGACCCCUCCGACAAGCUCCAGGAGAACAUCUGCUCUCGUGAUGAAGUGAUGAAGAUGUUAGGCUCAGGCCACGACACAGUCUCAGCUGCAGCAGAAAGAGCUGAGAAACAGAGAGAGCUGGAGGUGAGUCGACAAAACAUCCAGCAGAGAAUCCAGGACAGAGAGAAAUAUGUGAAGCUGCUUCAACAGGAAGUGGAGGCUAUCAAUAGCUCUGCUGAUAAAGCAGUGGACAACAGUGAGGAGAUCUUCGCUGACCUGAUCCGUCUGAUGGAGAAAAGACGCUCUGAUGUGAAGCAGCAGGUCAGAUCCCAGCAGAAAACUGAAGUGAGUCGAGUCAAAGAGCUUGAGGAGAAGCUGGAGCAGGAGAUCACUGAGCUGAAGAGGAAAGACGCUGAGCUGAUGAAGCUCUCACACACAGAGGAUCACACCCAGUUUCUACACAGCUACUCCUCACUGUCACCACUCAGUGAAUCUACAGACCUUUCCAGCAUUGUUAUUUGUCCUCGGCGGUACUUUGAGGAUGUGACAGCGGCUGUGUCAGAUUUAGCAGAAAAACUAGAAGACUAUGAGUGUGAGGAAUGGACUAUCAUCUCACAGACAGUGACUGAUGUGGAUGUUUUACUGUCACAACCAGAGCCCAAGACCAGAGCUGGAUUCUUAAAAUAUUCAUGUUACAUCGUAAUGGAUCCAAACACAGCAAACGGAAAGUUGAUAUUAUCCAAGGGGGACAGAAAAGCAACAGUAGGGGGAAUAUUGCAGCAUUAUUCUAAUAACGCAGUCAGAUUCCAUCCAUGGUUUCAGGUCCUGAGUAAAGAGUGUCUUCCCAGACGUUGUUACUGGGAGGUUGAGUGGAGAGGGAGGGGAGUUUGGAUUGCAGUUGCAUACAAGAAUAUAAGCAGACGGAGGGUUGUGGAAGAAUGUGGAUUUGGACUCAAUGACAAAUCUUGGGCAUUGCAUUUUAACCAAACCAUGGAUGGUUUUGCAAGGUUUUGGCACAACAACAUCAGCACUCCUGUCUCAGGUCCUCAGUCCUCCAGAGUAGGAGUGUACCUGGAUCACAGUGGAGGUAUUCUGUCCUUCUACAGCGUCUCUGAAACCAUGACUCUCCUCCACAGAGUCCAGACCACAUUCACUCAGCCUCUCUAUGCUGGACUUUGGCUUCAACCAUAUGAUUCUGUAGGAGACACAGCUGAGUUCUGUACACCCAGCAGUUUCUCAGCAGACGUCACCAUGUUAAUAAACAUGGGUGGUACUUUAAAAUCUUCUCAUUAGUUGGUCUGCAAAUGUUCUGAGUUUCUGGAUCUCCUCACAUCUAUGUUCAAUGAAGGUUUACACAGUGGUGUAUUUGGUGAUUCUUUUUAUGAAGGUGUGUUAUGUUUAUUAUAUAAGAAAGGGGAUGAGACUGAUAUAAAUAAUUACCGACACUUAACUAUUAUGAAUACAGACUAUAAAAUAUUAGCUAAGAUAAUAAUGAAUAGACUAAAUGAUAUAUUAGAUGAUAUUAUUGAGAAGGAACAAACGUGCAAUUAAAGGACGCUUUAUGUGGGAUAACCUGUGCACUUUGAGGGAGCUCUUACACAAGAGUGACUUUUAUAUCAUUGGUUUAGAUCAAAAGAAAGCCUUUGACUAUGUAUCUAGAGAGUAUUUGUGGUCUGUGAUGGAAGCUUAUGGUUUCCCCAAUGCAUUUAUCCAUAUGAUCAAGUGUUUGUAUUUAAAAUCAAAUGUGUGUAUAAACUUAAAUGGUAUCUUAACUGAACCCUUUAAAGUGGAAAGAGGGGUAAAACAAGGCUGUCCACUGAGUGCCGCUUUA